UCGCUUCGCCCGCUUCGCCUCCUCGAUUCUCGAGGGGUCGAAAUACACCAAAGUGUACAAAAGAUUACCUACUUUAUUCAGAUUUUGACUGAUUUGGGAACUAAUUUCAUUUAAGUAUGUGCCCUCUGUAAGGGCGUGCAGAGAACGGAAAGCAAGAGGCACAAGCACUUACCGAGAUGGUAACUUCAUACGGCAGCGAUAAAUGUAUGCAAAUAGGUACUACUUGGAAGGGAAUAAAUCGUCGACAUGUGGUUAUGGUAACUGAUUCGCCGCCCAAAGCAGAGGAUAUAACCACAAAAGUAAUUGGAGAUUUUGGAAAGUGGCAACUAAAAAUCAGUAUAUUAAUGGCAGUCUUGAAACUGCCUAUUGCUUGGUAUCAGUUGAAUAUAAUCUUUAUGGCCCCUCCGCAAGAUUUUUGGUGUGCUAAACCUGCCCCUUUUUCAAGAUAUUCUGAUGAAGAAUGGAGAAAAAUUUGCAUGCCCCAUGUAGAGCCAUACCCUUGCUUGAUCUUUGAUCCAGAUUUGCUAUCAAUUGAUACGAGCAUGGACAAGACUUUGAUUCCUCUCGUACCAUGUAAACAAUUUGUGUACGACAAAAGCGUAUUUACACGGACAAUCACAUCAGAUUGGGAUUUGGUAUGCUCCAGACAUUGGCUAACUCAUCUGUGCCAGUGCGUUAUGAUGUGGGGCAUAGUAAUAGGAGGGAUAAUUUUUGGAGUAUGGGCGGAUAAAUAUGGACGGCAACCUCCUCUUAUGAUAGCAAUUAUUCUUCAGGGAACCACCAGUUUUAUUGCCAGUGUACUGCCGUGGUACCCAGUAUUCUUAGUUAAUUGGUUUAUUCUAGCAUUAGCAUCUGGUGGCAUAGGAAUCAUAUCAUUUGUUAUAAGUAUGGAGGUGGUCAGUGGAAAGUGGCGUACUUUAAUCCCCGUUAUUUAUCAAUUGCCCUUUGGUUUUGGUAAUGCAGUAAUGGCAGGCCUGGCGUAUUGGCUACGAGAUUGGAGAAAGCUAGAAUUUGCUUUAGCCACUCUUUCUUCAUUAUACAUAUUAUAUUGGUUUUGGGUACCAGAAUCGCCAAGAUGGCUGUUGGCAACGGGACGAACUGAAGAAGCCAUUGCAAUUUUGAAGGAUGUUACAAGGUACAAUGGAAAAUAUGUCAGUACAAAAUAUAUUAGAAAACUGGUCAAUGAGCACCAAGAACAAAAACAACAAGAUCCAGGAUUCAUGUCUUUUUUGAGAUCAAAAAAUAUGAGACAAAAAACGUAUUUGCUAUCAAUGAAUUGGUUCUGCACAGGAUUGGCUUUCUAUACUUUUUCACAAUAUUUAGGUUCCCUAGGAGGAAACAUUUUUAUGGCGGUAGCGACAACUGGGAUUAUUUCAACAUUAGGAGGACUCACAUGCAUUUUUAUAAUAUCUAAAGUCGGAAGGAAGACAACGGUUGGAAUAUACCAGUCGGUUACAGCCUCCUGCUUUGUAUUGAUAUUGUUGAUACCUAGGGGCUCGUAUGUAAAUGACUGGCCUCGGCUUUUGUUUGCUGGAAUAGGUUUUGCAGGAAUGGCGGGUACAAUACCUGCUCUAUAUUUAUUUUCGGGAGAAUUAUUCCCGACGUUAGGAAGAAAUGUUGGAGUCAGUGGGGUGACCACAUUUGCUCGCAUUGCUUCGAUGGUAGCCCCAGCCAUCGUAAGUUUGGAUAGUGUAAUAACGGAUUUUCCGCUUAUGAUAUUAGCUGUCAUUUCCUUCGCUCAAAUAUUUAUGGUCUUACCAUUACCUGAAACAAAAGAUGCUCCUCUGCCAGACACUUUAGAGGAUGCUGAGAAGAUUUGAUGUGAUAUUUUUAAAUCAAUCUAACUAUUUAAGUUUUUUACUGUAAUUUUACAUGCAGUUAUGAAAUCGUUAAAAUAAAAACGUCAGUGAC